ACCCUAACACUAUACUGCAUAGGAAAAAUGGGCAUUUCGUCAUCUUUCGUAGUCCUACCUUUGAUGGCCUCGGAAUUAUAUCCCACAGUGGUCCGAGGACUCGGUAUGAGCUUGAGUUCCGUCGUUGGAAUGCUUGGACCCAUUUUUAUACCUCUAGUGAAUUAUCUGGGUUCGGAUAUGCUGAUUUUACCUUUGAUAAUUAUGGGGACGCUGCUGAUAACAGGUGGAACUUUAUCACUUCUAUUACCUGAGACUCUUCACCAGCAUCUCCCUCAGACUUUGCAAGAUGCAGAAAAAUCACCGCUCGACUGUUUCUCCUUUUGUUCCACACCAAUCAAAAAUAAACAAGAUUUUUCCAUUUUUGAAACCACUUUGUAAAACUGUAUUUUUAUUAAAUUAUAUAUGAUAAUUU